GAGUAAUAAUGGCUGGGGAGUGACUUACAGGCCUUCUCAGGGGGGUAUCUGUGCCUUAAAAGGAUCAACGGUGGAAAUGAAAUGCGAGUACAGAUACCCAAAUAGUAAAGAUGGCACAAUAACCAAAGUGCUGGAACAAUUUUGGAUUACUGGAAAUGAUCAUGUCAGUUUUGCGACCAAGAAGGAGUAUGAAGGGCGUGUGACAAACAGCUGUAGUAGGCAGAAGAAGAGAUGCACUUUGAGGAUUACAGACCUGAAAGAAAGCGACUCAGCUGUUUACAAGUUUAGGUUUAUUACAAACCUACUACUUGGAAGCUAUACUGGUGAACCAGGAAUCCAAUUGUCUGUCACAGACCUACAUUUAACUGUUUCUGUCCAACGGAAAGACUCAUUAAAUUCCAUUUUAACACUGAAGUGUUCCAGCUCUUGUGUUUUACCGCCUAAAUCUACAUAUGUUUGGUACGAAAACGGACAGAAGAUCAACCAUGAUAAAUCUACGUAUUCAAUCAAUAGUGACUCUCUAGACAGCAUAUCCUGCGCUGUUAAAGGACAUGAGGAUUUCCCUGCUCCUUUAAUAUAUGCUCCAGUUUCUCCUUCUCUCUCAGCUGAUCCCUCUGCUGACAUAUUUGAAGGCAGCUCAGUGACUCUGAGGUGCAGCAGUGAAGCUAAUCCACCAGCAAACUACACUUGGUACAAGAAGACUAAAACUUCAACCCUUCAACCUCUCAGUCGAGGUUCAGAGUUUCCUCUGAAUAACAUCCAAUCGUCUGACUCUGGUGAAUACUACUGUGAAGCUGAGAACCAGCUGGGGAAAAGAAGAUCUACUAACCUAAAUGUUGAUGUGAAAUAUCCUCCAAGGCUCCCCUCUGUCUCUGUGAAUCCUCCUGGUGAGAUAGUGGUGGGAGGUUCAGUGAAUCUGACCUGCAGCAGUGAUGCUAACCCAGCAGCUACGUAUGCCUGGUACAAAGAGAACACAGCUUCACCAGCAGCAGAUGGACCAAUGCUGACCAUUGUGAACAUCAGACAUGAAGAUGGUGGAAAUUAUUACUGUGAGGCCAGAAACAGCAGGGGGCAGCAUAACUCCACCCUACAACUGAUUGUGGUUACAAGUUCAGCUACAUCUGCUAUUGCUGGAUCCAUCACAUUUUUACUCCUGGUUGGGUUGUUUGUGGUUGCCUUUUUCAUUUUUAGGAAAAAGAUGGCUUAA